GGUGCGGAAAAUAAUCUAAAAAUCACCGUCCAACGCCCAUCGAAGGGCAAUUUCCUAAUAGUCUAGUAGUAGUGCAUCGGAGACUAUAAGGAAGCAGUCACCGGCAUCGACUAUCAUAGUCGUAGCUCACCAUUCUAGUUGUACUCACAUUGUUUAAUAUGAAUGUUAUUGUGUCACUGCUCUUAGUAUUAGUACUCACUCUUCUUCACACAGGUCUUGUAUCUUCAGACAAAUGGGAUUACAUUCAUGAAGACCAUUGGCCAAUUGCUUGCAAAGAGGGACGAAAGCAGUCUCCGAUCGCCCUGUCUCGGGAUAUAGCCGAAGAACAGGAUUUUUCUUCUCUGAUUUUUGAAGAAUAUGACACUACUUAUCCUGUACAAUCGAAAAAUAACGGGCAUUCUGUCGAAAUACGUCUGCACGUGCAAAAUCAGCCCACCAUAAGAGGUGGUGGUUUGCCGGACAUUUACCGUUUGGACCAUUUGCACUUUCAUUGGGAGUCGGAACAUACCAUGGACGGGCGAAGAUUUCCGCUAGAGCUACACUUGGUUCACUAUGCAAAUAAGUACGCAAAUCUGUCUCAAGCUUUGCAAUAUAGCGGCGGAGUGGCGGUGUUUUCUGUCCUGUUUUACUUGUCACCGGAUGAUGAUGUACAAUUUCAGCCUUUAAUUAAUGUCAUCGAUAAAUUGCAAGAUAAGAUAAAUUCCAUACAAGAGAUGCACGUCAGAGUUGAUGAUUACUUACCUCGGGACCGGGCAGGGUAUUAUCGUUAUAAUGGCUCACUUACGACACCGGAUUGUACGGAAGGGAUUAUUUGGACAGUGUUUACUAAUACUUUACCUAUCUCUAAUAGUCAAGUCAAGUCUUUCCCGAUGUUGAAGACGGAUCAUGAAGGGAAUAUUUUACAGAAUUAUCGGUCUUUGCAGGAACUUAACGGUAGGCGAGUUCAUAUUAGAUCGAGUCCGGUGUCUAGUGCUAGUACUUACCUAAUUUAUACCAAGAUUUUUUACUUUAUUAUAUUUAUUGUUUUAAAUAGGUUUAGUUGAGUAUUAUUGUGAACGUGAAGCUAGUCAAAUUGAAUUAAAUAACAUUAUGUAUUGCCGUCGUUGUAGGAUAUUAUCUUAUACGAUUUUUCAUUUAAGCAUGACUUAUGUUUAUGAGAGAUUAUGUAAAACAUUUGAUUCGAAAUCCCACUACAAUGCUUGGCUUGUAUCGCAAACGUGCAAGCUGUUAAAUUAUUAGGAAAAAAAUAUCGGAAAUUUUAACCUGUAUUAAUAAAGUUGUGUACUGUUU